GAUCGACUAAAAAUGGUCGGUCGAAACUCUAGCCAUGUUAUCAUCAUCAUCUUUACCAAACCUGAACACAUUCAUAACUUCAUAUGUUCCUGAUCAUUCCCGAAGCUAACUCCGAACCUCAAUCUGUUUCCUCUACUCCUUGGCUUGGCUCUUCCAGAAAGAUCGUGGAAGUCUUCGUCUGAGGGACAAGAAUCUUAGUUUGUGCCCGAAGCUUCAAGCUAUGGCUGUCACCAAGAUUUAUAUAGUGUACUACUCGUUGCACGGCCACGUGGAGACAAUGGCAAGAGAGGUACUCAGAGGAGCGAACGAAGUUCCAGACGUGGAGGCAACUCUCUGGCAAAUACCAGAGACGUUACCUGAGAAGAUACUUGAGAAAGUAAAGGCCGUACCAAGACCGGACGAUGUGCCGGAGAUUCAAGGGGAGCAGCUAGGUGAAGCUGAUGGGUUCAUGUUCGGUUUCCCUUCCAGGUUUGGAGUGAUGGCGUCACAGGUCAUGACGUUCUUUGACAACACAAGUGAUCUCUGGACUUCACAGGCACUCGCUGGGAAACCCGCAGGGAUCUUCUGGAGCACGGGGUUCCACGGUGGAGGCCAAGAGCUCACUGCAUUGACGGCAGUGACGAAACUGGCUCAUCAUGGGAUGAUAUUUGUACCGUUAGGGUAUACAUUUGGUAAAGGUAUGUAUGAGAUGGGAGAGGUGAAAGGUGGUUCGCCGUAUGGAUCAGGGACUUAUGCAGCUGAUGGGUCGCGCGAGCCGACAGAGCUGGAGAUUGAGCAGGCAAAUUACCAUGGUAAGUACUUUGCAGGAAUAGCCAAGAAACUCAAGAAGCGGUCUCCUGUCUAGAACGGUAUUCCUCUGUGUUUUCCUGUACUAAUCAAUCUGUAAAUGCAAAGGAGGAGACUGUGAAAUAAGAUCGACAUAGACAGUACGGAGAAAACAUGUGUCUGUAAGCUAAUGAUCAACAAAUCUUAUCUCCCAUAGCUUAUAGUUGUCUACUGAGAAACUAUUGAUCAUGUAAAGCAUUACCACUUUGAUAUCAAUAUACAUCAUACAUAUUUCUCCUA